AUGGCCUUCACGGGUUCUUCUCCGCUCGCGACGACUUACUCUGACUCCAUUUCGCCAGAGGUCGCCGUUACUAUCGAGGCCUUCGCAGAAGCUAUACGUCCGGCCAUAAACUAUGCCCUUCUUUUCACGAUUUUUGCAUCCAUGCUCAUUCCUAUCCUCAUCACGCUCCUCUGGUUCUCCACCCCUACGACUCGCAGGCAGCCCAUAUUCAUAUUAAAUGUAGCCUCUAUCUUGGUGGGCAUUGGAAUAGCAAUGUUCGAUUCUCACACACUUAAGCUUUUUGGAGUAUCAAAUCCCACAAUCCAGAUGAGCGGGUCUACAAGCACCGCCUUCAUCGUGAUACUCCUGCUAUCUCCAUGGGUGGCCGAACUGGUGCUCGUUUUCCGGCUCGCAAUAGUUUUUCCACCUCGCCGAACUCCGCUGUCCAAAUUGGCUGCCGUCUCUGCGUUCCCAGUUGUAGUAAAAUGUGCUCGAUUAGGCUGCCUUGCAUCGUUCUGGAAGGUCUUCGUUCGUGAGACGACCCAAUACUCAGGUGCGCUGACGGAAACAGAAAACAUCGGCUGGCAACAGUUCCCAUACAUCAGAGCAACAUGCCUACUGCAGCUCUUCGACGACGCGUGAGU